AUGGCUAACGACGAGUAUGAUUUUCUCUUCAAAGUGGUGCUGAUUGGAGACUCGGGUGUUGGAAAAUCCAACCUCUUGAGUCGAUUCACCCGCAAUGAAUUCAACCUCGAUUCCAAGUCCACCAUCGGUGUUGAAUUCGCAACUCGAUCGAUCCAGGUCGAUUCUAAGACGAUCAAGGCCCAGAUCUGGGAUACUGCUGGUCAGGAACGUUAUCGCGCCAUCACGUCUGCUUACUACCGUGGCGCCGUCGGCGCGCUCCUCGUCUACGACAUCAGCAAGCAUCAGACCUAUGACAACGUCAACCGGUGGCUGAAAGAACUUCGCGACCACGCCGACUCCAACAUUGUCAUUAUGCUGGUCGGUAACAAGAGUGAUUUGAGACAUCUGCGGGCUGUGCCGACGGAAGAAGCGAAGCAAUUUGCCAGCGAGAACAAUCUCUCGUUUAUCGAGACCUCCGCCCUCGACGCCAGCAAUGUUGAACUUGCCUUCCAGAACAUCCUCACAGAAAUCUACCGUAUCGUAUCCAGCAAGGCCAUCGAUGGCGGUGACUCGGGCCAGGCUGCCCUUGGUGAACGUCGCCCCGUGGUGGAGAUUAGCAAAUCGCAGGAUCCCGAGGCGAAGCAGGGUUGCUGCUAA